AUGAAGCACCUCGCAGCUUACCUCCUUCUCUCCAUCGGCGGCAAGACCUCGCCUGCCGCGAAGGACAUCAAGUCCGUUCUCGACUCUGUUGGAAUUGAGGCUGAUGCCGACCGCGUCAACGCUCUCAUCUCCGAGCUUGAGGGCAAGGACCUCCAGGAGUUGAUCGCUGAGGGCUCAAGCAAGUUGGCUUCCGUCCCAUCUGGUGGUGCUGGUGGUGCUGCUCCAGCUGCUGGCGGUGCUGCCGCCGCUGGUGGCGCUGCUGAGGAGGCCGCCGAGGAGAAGGUCGAGGAGAAGGAAGAGUCCGACGAGGACAUGGGCUUCGGUCUCUUCGACUAA